AUGUCGGGCUUCAUGUCCAGCUUUCUCCCUGGAGGCAGUCCGUCGAGGCCCGAGACGCCUACGAGAAACAGCUUCAUCAACCCCGCAAGCACGCCUCAGGGCAGCCCCAGCAAACGGACGGCCCCUCCAGGCGCCCACGAAUUGCCCGACGCAUUCGACAGCGCCCUCAAGUUGAACACUCCUCUCCUCGAGAGACCUAGACUCGAGCGCCCGCUGAGUGUCAUCAACACACCGCAAUCCCCAGGAAAGGGCAAUCUGACCGAGUCGAGCCCGAAUGUCGAAGACAGCGUCCUACACAGGGGUGUCGCUUCCACUGGCAGCCCCUUGAAGAAGUCUCACGGCCAGGAAAACACCCCUCCUGUGUCGCGCAAGGGAGUGGGCGAGUCACCUUAUCAACAAAGCCAUGCGGCCAUCUCCCGCGGCGAGCUGUACCAACCCAAGGAGAAGCCAAUCACUCCCAGAAACAAGUUCAACACCCAAAGGGCGCUUACUCCAGAGGAAUUGGAGAUCCUGCAGCGUCCCAACGUCCGCCGCCUGGUCAAUGUUACCCAGCUAUACUUCCUCGACUACUACUUCGACCUGCUGACCUACGUUGGCUCCAGACAAAAUCGCCUUGUGUCUUUCCAGUCCGAGAUCCCGCCCCCGCCUGAAACCGAUGAAGCGACAUACAAGCAGAUGUGGUCAAAGUACGCAGGUCGAGAGCGCGCCAACUUGAGAAAGAGACGUGUCCGACUUCGCCACGGUGAUUUCCAGAUUCUGACACAAGUUGGCCAAGGUGGCUAUGGUCAAGUUUUCCUGGCUCAGAAGAAGGACACACGCGAGGUUUGCGCCUUGAAAGUCAUGAGCAAGAAGUUGCUCUUCAAGUUGGACGAGGUGCGCCACGUGUUGACAGAGCGCGACAUUCUCACCACGGCCAAGAGUGAGUGGCUGGUCCGGCUGCUGUACUCCUUCCAAGACGACAAGAGCAUCUACCUCGCUAUGGAAUACGUUCCGGGUGGUGAUUUCCGCACUCUGCUCAACAACACUGGAGUUCUGAGCAACCGUCAUGCCCGAUUCUACAUCGCAGAGAUGUUCUGCUCUGUCGACGCCCUCCAUCAGCUCGGCUACAUUCACAGAGAUCUGAAGCCAGAGAACUUCCUUGUCGAUUCCACAGGCCACGUCAAGCUCACCGACUUCGGCUUGGCGGCAGGUUUCCUCGCACCGGCGAAGAUCGAAUCCAUGCGAAUCCGCCUGGAGAAAGCUUCCGAGACGUCGGUCCCAUUCGGAAAGCCAAUGGAUCAACGAACAGUUGCCGAGCGACGAGAGGGUUACCAGACGAUGCGCGCCAAGGAUACAAACUACGCCAAGUCCAUUGUGGGCUCGCCUGACUACAUGGCGCCAGAAGUGCUCCGAGGAGACGAAUAUGACUACACUGUGGAUUACUGGAGUUUGGGAUGUAUGCUUUUCGAGGCCUUGACCGGAUUCCCGCCCUUUGCUGGAUCUACCCCUGAUGAGACCUGGCGAAACUUGAAGCACUGGAGAGAGGUCCUGAAGCGGCCCGUCUGGGAGGAUCCUAACUACUUCCUCAGCAACCGCACAUGGAACUUCAUCACAACUUGCAUCAACUCCCGGUCCAAACGAUUCUCUACUAUCAAGGAGAUCUAUUCUCACCAAUACUUCGCAGAGGUGGACUGGGACACCCUUCGCACCACCAAGGCUCCGUUCGUUCCCGAACUCGAUUCGGAGACCGACGCGGGCUACUUCGAUGACUUCAGCAACGAGGCCGAUAUGGCCAAGUACAAGGAAGUGCACGACAAGCAGCAGGCGCUUGAGAGCAUGGCAGACCGUGAUGACGAAAUGGGCAAGAGUCUCUUCGUCGGAUUCACGUUCCGACACCGCAAGACCGGAGAUGAUGGAAGUCCUCGCAAGCCGAUUCCAUUCAACAACAGCAAUGAAGAUACCUUUGGCACAAUGCUGUAG